AAAGGAGAAAAAGUCUCUUACUCGCGCAUGCGCGUUUUCCGUUCCGGCGGCACCAACAUCAAAGUCGCCGACAAGGAGUCGCGCUACUGAUAUACUGUGCCUCUACUGUGUUUUAGACAAUGAGGCAGUAGUGUGACUCAAUGGCGGAUCAGAAAUGGAUCUGGUUUCAAAUAUGAAUCAGCAGCCGAGGACUUUAAUUAUUAUAAGAUAAAAAGUCAAAAACUAUAAAGCUAGGCGCUGUUACGUCGCCGACGUCUUUUUAUUUUCAUUCACGCGGCACUAUCGAACGACGGGUCUUCUUUUCAGGUAUAAUUCUCGACAGUAGAGGAAAAGAGAGGGAAUAAAGGAGAGGCGCAAGGAAAGGAGAAAAAGUUUCUUACUCGCGCAUGCGCGUUUUCCGUUCCGGCGGCACCAACAUCAAAGUCGCCGACGGGAGUUGCGCCGCCAUAUAUACGCGCGUAUACACACACACACAUCACGCGAGCGGACGCGCACAACGGUGCGGUACCGUAACGGCGAGUUACGUAUAUAUCCCAGUCGGUGGUUUCCGUAGCGGGUUUGCGAUGGUGCCUUGGUGAUAAGUUUUUCGACGUUGCGACGUGCCACCGAGUGUCCAGGAUCGAGCUUUUGAAGGAUACGGAGUAACCAUGAGGCUCACCGUGUGCAUCAUUUCUAUGCUGGCAUUGCAGGCAUCAGCUAUAAUACGUCUCCCGGAUUAUGUAGAAGUUCAAUCGCCACCACGAAUAUCUAAACAACCACCGACCGAUGAGCAGCUGUUUCAAGUAGUUCAAGCGAAGAUCAAUGAAAAUGAUAAGCCAUUUUUAAUUGAAUGCGAAGCUGAGGGAGAACCAGCUCCAACAUACCGCUGGAUCAAAAAUGGAAAAAACUUUGAAUGGCCAGCAUACGACGAUCGCAUUUCCCAGCAACCUGGUAGAGGCACCUUGGUAAUCUCGAGACCAAGAGACGAAGAUUUAGGACAGUAUCAAUGCUUCGCCGAGAACGAAUGGGGCAUAGCUACGUCGAACUCGGUGUUCGUUCGGAAAGCCGAGUUGAAUUCGUUCAAAGACGAAAAUCCGAUUACGUUGAACGCGAACGAGGGUUCACCCUUUAAACUCACUUGCCAGCCACCCGAUGGCUGGCCCAAGCCAAACGUUUAUUGGUUGAUACAGGAUAUCGCCGGUGGUAUCAAGUCGAUCAAUAACUCGAGGAUGACUCUGGAUCCUGAGGGAAAUCUCUGGUUCAGCAACGUCACGAGGAACGAUGCCUCGGAUGACUUUUACUACGCCUGCGCCGCAACGUCAGUGUUCAGAAACGAAUACAAGCUGGGCAACAAAGUCUUGCUGAACGUUAUCUCCACGGGCGCUUCCGCCGGUCAAAACAAGCACCCUCCCGAGAGGCAAUACGUUACCAGGAAGAACGAAGUCGCCCUGCGUGGCAAGAAGGUGGAACUGUAUUGCAUAUUCGGAGGGACGCCGUUGCCACAGAUCGUGUGGAGCAAAAAUGGCCAAUUGCUCCGACCGAGCGACAGGAUCACUCAAGGCAACUACGGCAAGUCCCUUAUCAUAAAACACGUCAGUUUCGAGGACGAGGGAACGUACACCUGCGAAGCGUCGAACGGAGUGGGAACAGCCCAGUCGUACUCCGUACACUUGCAAGUAAUGGCCGUGCCGUACUUCACUGUCGAGCCGGAGAUCGUGAACGCCGCGGAGGACGAGACGGUGCAAAUAAGGUGCGAGGCUAGCGGAGUGCCGGUUCCCGAGAUCAAGUGGAUUCACAACGGCAAGCCGAUAUCGGAGGCACCGCCAAACAGCAGAAGAAGGGUCACGCCGAACUCCAUCAUCAUCGAGAAGCUAGUGAAGAAGGACACGGGAAAUUACGGAUGCAACGCUACCAAUUCACUGGGAUACGUGUACAAGGACGUGUACGUGAAUGUGCUAGCGCUUGACCCGGACAUCACGCAACCACCCACCGAUAUGGAAACUGUCGACGGCAAGACUGUACGAAUUACGUGUCGCGUCUUCGGCGCGCCUAAACCCGAGGUCAAGUGGAUCCGGAACAGGCAAGAACUUACCGGCGGCCGCUACAAGACCCUAGAUACGGGCGACUUGGAGAUUGAAAAUGUGAUCUUCUUGGACGCGGGUAAUUACACGUGUCAUGCUUCCAAUAAAUUCGGCGAGGUAGAAGCAUCCGCCAAAUUGGUGGUGAAGGAGCACACAAGGAUAACGGAUGAGCCAGAGGACUACGAAGUCGCCGCUGGCUCCACUGCCACGUUCAGGUGCAACGCCGUUACCGAUUCCUCUCUAACGCUCGCGAUAGACUGGUUGAGUAACGGUGAGCCGAUAGACUUCGAGAUGGAACCGAGGUUCGUGCGCAGCACCGAUUACUCCUUGAUGAUUACAAAAACGACCGAACUGGAUUCCGGUAUCUACACGUGCGUCGCGCAUACCGAGUUGGACGAAGCGAGAGCGCAAGCGACUCUGAUAGUUCAGGAUGUGCCUAACGCGCCGAGUUUGCGCAACGUCAAGUGUUAUUCACACGAGGCACUUGUUAACUGGAUACCCAUGGGUGAUAAUCGAGCCCCCAUUCUGCGAUUCACUAUCCAGUACAACACUAGCUUUACGCCGGAUACUUGGGAGAUAGCCAAGGAUUUCGUCCCAGCCACCGAGCAGACACAUCUGGUGCCGAUGUCACCCUGGGCCAAUUAUACCUUCCGCGUUCUCGCGUGGAAUAAAAUAGGACCAUCUACGCCGUCAGCGCACAGCCACGUCAUUUGCACCACUCUACCGGACGUUCCUUUCAAAAAUCCGGACAACGUUAUGGGCAACGGCACUACACCUCAGAAUUUGGUUAUUUCUUGGACAACCAUGCCGCAGAUAGAGCACAACGCCCCCAGAUUCAUGUACAGGGUGUACUACAAGAGAGACAUACCAGGGGAGAGUUGGACCAUACUAGAUAUAAACGACUGGCGGAAAAAUAGCCUGCAGGUGGACAAUCAGCCUACUUACCAGAGAUACAGGAUUAAAGUCGCUGCGAUUAACGUGAAAGGAGAGUGUCCAACUACGCCUACCGAGGUUAUCGGUUACUCCGGAGAAGACGUACCUCUGCAAGCACCCGGUAACUUUACAUUGAACCAAAUCAAAUCGAGCACAACCGCUCUGCUGUCGUGGAGUCCGGUACCGGAGGAAUCCGUGAGGGGCGAGUUGCAAGGAUACAAGAUUCAGACGUGGACGGAGAAGGAAGGCGAGAAGAACAUGCGGCAGAUCGACGUUCCCGGCGGGAAUAGAACUCACGCGUUGAUCACCAAAUUCGUCCCGUAUAGCAAGAAUUUCGUAAGGAUAGUCGCUUACAAUCGCAGAUACACUGGUCCCGCGUCCGAAACUUUGAGCUUCGAUACACCGGAAGGAGUGCCGGGAACGGUACUAAGCUUCGAAGCGUUUCCCAUGGGAUCUAGCGCCCUGUACCUUGUGUGGACGCGGCCCGCGGAGCCCAACGGCGUUUUAACUGGGUACAGGAUUUACUAUCAGGUUGUGAAUGGCACCAAACUGGAGACCUUGCUCGAGAGGAAGCCGCAUAUCAUGGAUCCGUACGCCACGAACGCUAAAUUAGCCGCGUUAGCGCCCGAAACGAAAUACCGUGUCCAUAUACGCGCUACAACCAGGGUCGGCGAGGGCAAUGACUAUUUCAUCGAACAAAAGACACGAACAUCCCUACGGCCCGACAUUCCACAAUUCACGUGGGAAACUGUACCGACAGAGAAUGGAUACGCAAACGUGAGAAUCAUCUGGUUACCGAAUCUCAAUGGUAAUCCAGGAAGUCAUUUCUUCGUCAAAUAUAGACCCAAGGGCGAAACGAUAUCCUUGAUGACAGAUCCCGAAUUUCAAUCGAAUACUAUCGAGAUUCGCGGUCUCCAAAGCGGCGAAGUUUACAUCAUGUCGGUCGUUGCCGUCGAUGGCGAUUACUUGAGCGAAAGUGCUCCUCAAGAAAUAGAGACGAGCAGCGAAGGACCCAUCAUCCAGCCAAAGGAGAAUGUUGCGACAGCUGGCUGGUUCAUAGGAAUGAUGCUGGCGAUCGCCAUCCUUCUCCUAGUACUGAUCAUAGUGUGCGUAAUUAAGCGAAAUAGAGGAGGGAAGUACGCGGUGCACGAGCGAGAAUUGGCCGCCGGACGCGGCGAUUAUCCCGACGAGGGUGGUUUCCACGAGUACUCGCAACCGUUAGAUACCAAGUCAGCUGGUGGACGCGCGUCUCUCGCGUCGUCUUCUCACCAAGAUGGUAAACAUCCUGAAUCCGAUACCGACUCGAUGGCGGAAUACGGCGACGGUGAUACAGAGGGCAUGAACGAAGAUGGUUCUUUUAUCGGUCAGUAUGGUCAGCAUCAUAAGCAGGAACCAAAUUCGCAAGCGUUUGCCACUCUAGUCUAAGGACGCUUCACGGAAGAUGGAUCCUUUAUCGGACAAUAUGGACCUAAAGGUAGACCAGAGGAAACGCCACCCAUUCCGACUGGUACUAUGGCCACGUACGUCUAACAUCUGCAACUAUCUUAAUCAAAGGCGCAUUAAAAAAAUACACACAUAAAAAAACAAAAACAUUUUGUCAUUACGGUUAAGGAUCUCUUGAUCCUUGACUGCUGCAGCAGCUCUGCUAUGCACCUUGCGCUGGGCGCAACGUCCAACACUAUACUGCCAAUUAGACUCUGGUUUUGGGUUUUAUAGUUUCUGUAGAAAUCGUGUGACUGUGUUUUACGUUUGUUUUUUUUUUUUUUUUUUUGGUAAAUUUCGACAAAGUUUUCAUGUGCAAUAACUGGAUACGACCUGAUCCGAGUUACCGAAAUGAUUGUACAAACAUUCCCAACGUUUCACUAGUGAAUUCUACGUGAAAAACAGCAUUUUGUUAUAAUCAUUAUCGUUCCUCGUCAUAUCGCGACGCUGAUGAAAAGAAUGUCUUUUUUUACGUUUAAUUAUAAAACCCAAAAACCGUAGGUGUUUCAUAGCGUGCAAGCUAUUAUGAAAAUAGUACCGUAGAUACUAUUCUAGCAUUGACCAUAAUAUUUGACAGAGCCAGAUUGAGUUUGACACUGUGAUGAGAGAAAGUGACGAGAUAUACAAAUUUUUUGCAAUGUUCCUGGUGUUUCGAAUUGGACAAACACUUUUAAGGUUGCAUGUAAUUGAUUUGUAAAUUUAUUGAUCAAUGUCUAUCUUUUAAUAGCGAGUACUGCUGUGAUAAAAGGAAUUUGUAAAUUGAUUCCCAAAAGUGACAUCAAAAGUGACGUUAUUCAAGUGAUUUCUCCAUUCAUCCCAGCAGUAUAGUUUCGCCUUUGGCGUUCCAUUCUUCAAGAUUUCCGACUAUUGCUAGAGUAUUUGAAAUAUCGCUGCAUACAGGGAAUGUCUUUAGUCUUGUACUUUGUACAUAGAACUAUAUUAUCCGCAUUAAAAAAAGGUAGAUUAUAAUGUACGAAUUUCCGUACUGAAUAUACAUAUAUACAUAUACAUAUAUUAUAGAUAUAAAUAUGUAAAAUUGUCCACUGCGUGCAGUCUUAUUAAGAGUGCACAAAUAUAUAACGUGCGAUACAUCACUCGUACAGUUGUUACAUACAGUUACAUGCAAACUUAAAAAUUAUGGAAAUAAUAUAUAACGAUGGUGUCACAAUCUGGCUUGGACUGAUUUUAACUUUAAUCUUCUAUAGACGGUUGUUCUAAGAAUCUUUAGCCGCAAUCAAUUUUUACUCUGCCGAGAAAGGGCCAAAUCUAAAUGAACAAGUAAUAAUCUACAAUUAUCAUGCACUUACACUCUUUCAUCAUUAACAAACACACGUACGCGACAUACAUGUACACAGAGACACGGAUACACACGAGUGGACACGCGUAUGCGUGGACAGUAAAAGUACGCGAAAGAAUAAUUAUGGAUAAA